GCAGUCUCGGUGCUGAUCGUCCUCGGGCUCGCUCACCAGCUCCUGACAGUGCAGCUGCGGGGCCAGCGUGGCGGCCUUGGUGGGGUCAGCCACCCCCAGCUGCCCCAGGCGGCAGCCGCUCCCGUGCCCCGAGCGUCAGUUUCUCGGACGGCACUGCACCUGGACGCGAAGAGCCUGGACACACAGACCCUCAGCGAUGGGGCGAGCCCACAGAGGAGCAGCGCCUGGAGGCCCUGGUCCACCUGCUGUCCAAGUCGGGCGACAGCGACGGGGCUGCUAAGUACCGGGAGCAGUUGGGCGAACAUCGGCAGUCUCAGCAGGCAGCUUCCAUCACGGUCGGAGCUGCCACUCAACGUGUCAAGCAAGCAGAAGCAGCCCUUCGCCGUGCAGUUGAGCGCUUUGAUCGUGUGGCGGCCUAGUACAAUGAAGCUCAAGCGGAAGUGGCAGCAGCUUCGUCAGAAGUCGACCUGGCCCGUGGGCUAUAUCAAGCUGCACUUAGAAGCUGCAGCUGCAUCAGUGCCCACCAUCGACUUGUCCUCGCUGCUGGACGGCCAAGAGAUCCGCCUGGGCGACGGAGGGAUGUUCGGGCUGGACGAACUGGACGACGUCGUCACCGCCGAGGAUAAGGAAGAGGCACAACGCCGAAAGGAUGAGCUCCAGCGCCAAUUCACCGAGGCGGCCAAGGCUUGCUUCGGCGACCUCAAGACCAAGGCGGCGGCCAUCAAAGAGGAGCAAGCCAAGCAGAAGGAGCGGCUCAAGGCCAAGCGGCCUCGCCCUUCCGCUGAGCCUGCAGCAGCAGCGGCUGACGGCAACACCAGCGGGCCAGCGAGCGGCGAUGCCAACCCCCCCCCACAGGACAAGGCCCCGCCGACGCCUGGCAAGGCCGCGGCCUCGUCGGCACCGCCUUCAGCCAAGCCGGCGCGAGCUGGUGCCGAGCCGCCCGAGGCAGCCGCCGGGGCCACUCCGUCGGUGGUCAAGGCUGCCCAGGAGAAGCUGGCGCAGGAUGCGGGUUGGACAGUCCAGCUAGACCAUCUUGUGCACUGCAGUUUUGACCACUCAGAAGAUGCGCACUCGACGUUGUCUUUCCCCUCAGCCUUGGGAGACUAUGGGCAUGACGGCAGCGUGGGCGCCGACGUCUACAACUUCAAUGUUUCAAACCCUGGCUGGUCCAGGGUCGACGUCGCGGCCUGCUUCCUCCCUCUGGGCUCCAACUUCCACAGGGGGCGGUGGGGCGCGGCGGGAGGAGUUAGGCAGGAUGAUUUGCUAUUCGCAGCUCAGCUGACGGACUCGCAAUUGGAAUGCGACGAGCGGCCUGAGCAGCCUCCAGCGCCGCGGAGACGGGUCCGAUCUAGCCCUGCCCCCGCGCUCGACCGCCUCAUCGACCAGUGGGCCGCGCGGUGGCUUCGCGACCCGAGCUUCGGCCAGCAGGACAGCGACAGGUUGGACUUCCUGGACAGCUGCAUAAUAUUUCUGACAGAUGAGCUAAGCCACCCCGGAUUUGCGUGGCUCCUGGGUGCUCGCAAUCAGAGUCCGAACCAGUUGGCAGCUGAGAUGUGUGCGCUCUCGUGGCAGAGAAAUGACCAUCGUCGGCGGAGGUACCUGCGCUGGCUGGCGUCGCUCAGUGCGGCUCAGAGGCGCAUGGCUAUGGACACGCACAACUACGAGUACAACAACGGAUGGGGCCCUAAAAUCUACAGCUACUGGAGCAAGUUCUGCGAGGGCGAGCUGCUGGACUCCGACGACAGCGACGUCGAGAGCGACGGCAUCUUCAGCAUGAGCGACCCGCAGAGCUCCGAUUGCGCCGUCAGGGCAGGCGACGCGCAGUGGGACCCAGAGCACCAGGACAUCAACUCAGACCACGACUCCAGCGUCACAGAUCACAACUACAGCGACGAUUGCCACGAGUGGAUCGGGUACGACGCAUCGGCAGCCGACCACUGCCAGUGUCAUCGCAGGCCUGAUGAUGCUGCGGCUCGUCGGACCCUCGCCUCCGAGAGGGUUGGUGGAUCAGGGCGUCUCUCGUGGGCUGACUGGCAAGCGAACGAUGCGGACGACAGACUGGACCCGCACGGUCGAGGCCGAGCUGGCCAGCAGCAGCGACAACUUCCACACUUGCUACGCACCAUGGCAAGUACGUGGAUGACGCCAGAGCCCGACGUGCACUGCGAGCAGGAGGGCAGGCGAGAAUGGCGUGAUCACUGCGUGUCCUAUGUGAGCGCCCAGCUUGGAGCAGACGUCUUCGCUCCCAUCCUGGAG